AUGGUUGAAAUCCUGGAUCGAGUGAAAAAUAUAGAGAGUAUACUCGAACAAUUUCCUCAACUCUCGACGGGCAUCGCAGAGUUCAAGCAAAGUCAGACGCCACUUACUCAUUCAUCAUUGAACGACCCCCUUAGCUUUAAACCCGAGGGACAUACGUUUGCAACCUCGUUCUCCCACCCAAACGAAAUAAACACAGGUCGAAUACACACAAACUCUAUAUAUCGUCACUAUACUGCUUCUCAUAAGGUUUUGCUAUGGCCGGCUAUACAGCAACUUCUUCUACAAGUUGCGCCAUCAAACAAUGGCAACGGCAAAUUUCUGGAAAGGGGGUCAGUAUUCAUGCUUAGAAUACAGGCCUCAAGACCUCCAUUAUCCUUAGAUAUAGAUCUACAAGAGAAACCGUUUGUAGGCAUGCAAUCAUUGGCGAGUAGAGUAGUUGGGGGCUCGCGAACAACAUUCCCGGGCUUGUCCCAGGAAGCUAUGCUUCAACUGGCAGUGUCUUAUUUCGAUACGUUCAACUUUCUAUACCCUUUCAUGGACAGACAAACUUUCCUUUCUGAUACAUUAGUGAAAGUGGUGUCUGAAGGAUUCGAUGGAGAUAUGGAAUCCGUUGUUGCCUUGCUAAUAUUCGCGCUUGGAGAAGUAGCGCUUGAAGGAUCCUGCGGCUCUCCUGUCGAUAUCUACCAAUCACGGCCUAGUGGCAUCAGAGGCGGGCCGGGGCCAUCCAAGCCACUAGGACUAUCCUUUUUUAAUGAAGCGAUGAAAAGAAUUGGUUGUGUCUUGACAGAAUGCAGUCUUGAAAAUGUGCAGAUGUUUUGCCUUACAGCAUUAUAUUACCAAUCCUGUUACCGCCAUCUGGACUUUUGGAGGUCGAUGGUUUCUGCUUCAUCAGCAUGUGAUAUGCUUAUCACAUCGGAUAGCUUUGACUGGAAAUCUCCGAAAGGCGACCUUAUCAAACGUGCGUAUUGGCAUUGUGCCACCAUGGAGACGACUUUACACCUCGACAUAGAUUUGCCACUUACCUCUAUGAUGAAUCUCGAGAUGCACAUUGAGAUGCCACUUUUCCCCAUGCCAAUUUGUGACGACGAUUUAAAAGGGGACCAGGAAUCCAAUUGGCAAGCACAUAGUUCUUCGGUACUAGCAUUACGAAGAAUUUGCGUCCAGAUGCAGAAUGGAAUUUCCGAGAUGGCUAAGAUGGACGCCAACUCCUCUUGCUCGGAAGGUUACACCUUCCUAACCGCAGCCGGAGUACGACAACUCGCAUCCCAGCUAACUCAAUGGCGCGGCCUACUCCCUACCGCACUCCAAUGGGCAGAAGAUGAACCUGCAAGUUUUCCUUAUGUGCAAACGCCUGAACGAGAUAUCGGGAAUAUCGAUCCCAAUUUCACAUCUCCAAUAUCACAACAAAGUCCUCGUCCGGACCUCUUCUCCACUGAUAUCGACCAGGAACCGGUCAGGUAUCCUUAUGCAUAUGACAUACAAGUUGCGACACUUAGAACUAGAUACUAUUAUGCCAAAUAUAUGGUUUAUCGACCUUUUGUGUAUAAAGUAUUACAUUCUCCGGAAUUGGUGACGCCAGAGGAUGCCCAAAAUGUUGCGGAAUGUCUAAGAUCCUGUCUCCUGUGGCCCAUUCUCCUCUCACCCCCAUCCCGUUGUAAACGUCUAAUACCUUACCUCUUCACCUGGUCUCAGAUAUUCCUUAGCAUCUUGAUCAUCGUACAUCUCUCGAAAGGCAACAUUAUACUGAAGGAUAUUUGUGAUAAUCUGUGUGGGGAGCGAUACCAUUCAGAGAUUGAUGAAACUGUGAGGCUAAUGUUGGAUUGGAUUCGAGACUUGAAAGAUGCUGAGGAUCCAAUUGCGCUUUGGUGUUGGAAUAUGCUGAGAGGGAUUUAUUGGUAG